UCACACAUUUGUUUGUUUACAUGUUUCUUACAUAUGUUCUAAGGUAUUUUUAAACGAUUUGUUGGUUUUAAUAGUUAAUCUCUUGAAUUAAAAUAUUUCUAAAACUUAUAAAUACAAGUUGUAAUGUUGAAUUGUACUGAAUAGUACACAAAAAGACAGGAGGAAUAGAUUGCCGUUUGCCAAUGAUUCGCAUUCGGCGUGCAAUUUGUGACCAGCUCCCACAGCUGAAGAAAGUGUGCAAUGCUCUGGAGGUGCCUGCCAAGAAACAGCAGCUCCAAAAUGCCAGACGACCGACUUUGGAAUGGAUUCUUCCAACUGCGGUUGCGCAACAGGAGCCAGAAUUACUAGAUGUAGUAAGGACGCAAAAAUUCAAUGAAACCUUUGUGGAGAAAGUCCAAGUAGUGCCCAGUGCCGGACGUAAUCCAGCCAAGAUCGAAUUUCAGCUGCAACCUCAGGCCUUUGUGGAACAGUUACUCCAAACCAAAGCGAAUCUUUUAAAGCCUUUUGAUUCAACUGCAGAACACAUAGUGGUAGAGUACAGCUCACCGAACAUAGCCAAACCCUUUCAUGUGGGUCACCUGCGCUCCACGAUCAUAGGUAAUGUUCUGGCAAAUCUGUACCAGCAUCUCGGAUAUCACACCACCCGCUUAAAUUACCUGGGCGAUUGGGGUACACAAUUUGGCCUACUAGCGCUGGGUGUCCAAUUGGAGAAUGUAAGCGACAAGGAGAUGCAGGCAUCGCCAAUAGAAACGCUCUACAAAUCCUAUGUGGCUGCCAAUAAGGCAGCUGAGGAAAGUCCAGAAAUCGCUCAGCGAGCAAGGGAUCUCUUCACCGCCUUAGAGGCAGGCACAGAUGAAGCUAUGGCCAAACAAUGGCAGCUGUAUAGAAAGUACACCAUAGAAGAUCUAUCCAAAGUCUACAACCGGCUGGGAGUGCACUUCGAUACCUACGAAUGGGAAUCCCAGUACUCCCAACAACAAAUUCAGAAUGUUUUGGAAAAACUACGCUCUGCUGGUCUCCUGCAACCAGAGCUAGAUGGUCGUGAGAUUGUUGUGGUAGAUGGUAGACGCAUCCCAGUGAUUAAGAGUGAUGGGUCUACGUUGUACUUGGCCAGGGAUAUAGCUGCUCUUCUUGAGAGGCUCUCCAGGUUCCAGUUCUCCCGUUUACUUUAUGUGGUCGACAAUGGCCAGGCGGAUCACUUUAAUGCUCUCUUCAAAACAGCUGCCGCUGUAGAAGAUCACUUAAGUCUUGAUCAGUUGCAACAUGUAAAAUUCGGUCGCAUUCAUGGCAUGAGCACUCGGCAAGGAAAAGCCAUAUUUCUAAAGGAUGUCCUCGAUGAGGCACGGGAAAUAAUGCGAGAGAAACGGAAUUUGAGUGCAAUAAUUCUAGCAACCAGAGAAAACCAUUCCCUAAAUGAUGAAAGUGUGUGUGAUAUCCUGGGUGUCUCAGCAGUCCUAGUCAAUGUCCUCAAGCAACGUCGGCAACGAGAUCACGAGUUCAGCUGGCAGCAGGCGCUCCAAGUAAAUGGCGAUACGGGAAUCAAGCUCCAAUACACACACUGCCGCCUGCACAGCUUGCUGGAUAACUUCAAGGAACUGGAUCCGGACAACAUCAAGCCCAACUGGCAGCAUUUCGCCCAGGAGCCAGCGGAUGCCUUGGAUCUACUCUACGAGCUAGCACGCUUUGAUCAAAGCAUUUGGCAUUCAAAGGAGCAACUGGAGCCCUGUGUGCUAGUAAACUAUCUCUUCGGACUAUGCAACGCCACUAGUCGAGCCUUGAAACGAUUACCUGUUAAGAAAGAGAGUUGCCGGCAAAAGCAAUCCCAGCGCUUGCUCCUCUUCCACGCUGCCAAGAAAACACUGCAGCAGGGAAUGCAGCUCCUGGGCCUUCGACCACUCGAUCAAAUGUAGACCAAAAACAUCCAUUAACAUAUUUGUUAUUUAUUAAAACAUUUCGAUAAAAAAUGCAG